UUAUAAUAUUGGGAAAAUGAACUUUAAGCAAAUUUCAAUUUCAAAGGACAACGAAAAUUUGAAAAGCUCAGGAAGCCUUCCUUGGAGAGGAGGAGUAAAAUGGGAAGGAACAGGAGAUUUUAUUUUGGCAUUUCCUGGAGACAAGUCUUAAUAGAAGCAUACUUCUGUUAUCUCCAAAUGCUAUACAAGAGACUUAAACACACAUAUAUGCACAUGCUCAAUGACCGUUAAAUUUCCUACAGGUAGGAGAUAGGUACUUGAUCAGCCUCUUGCACUCCUCAGAUGCCUGGUACAGGGCUGGGAUUUGUUGCUCAGUAACACUUGUCUGAAGGGAGAGCCUCAUCUAACAUAAAAAGGGCCUCAAAAUUGAGAGUAGGCCUGGCCUGCAUUAAAGGGCCACCUUAUUUCACAUAUAUGACCAAAGUGUAACAAAGGCUAGUGACCUCACCAUGGAGCCCCACCCUCCUGCUAAGCCACGCCUCCUCACAGUCACAAUGGCUAAGGCCUUAAAUACCCAGACUCCUGGCCUCUGGCUUUGCAAAGCCCCUCAUUUUGGCAGAAAUUACAAUGUCGACCAGCCGCAAAUUAAAGAGUCAUGGCAUGAGGAGGGGCAAGAAUCGAUCUCCCCACAAGGGGGUCAAGAGAGGUAGCAGCAAAAGGAAAUACCGGAAGGGCAGCCUGAAGAGUAGAAAAAGAGGCGAUGAUGGUGAGUGAGGGAUAAGUAGGGGCACAAGCAAACAAGAUGCUUGUUGUUCCAGGGAUCUUCCUUCCUGGGGUUAGUCCUCCUAUGACCCUGAAGUCUCUUCAUCUGGGCAUGAAAGGUAUUUCAUUUCUAAUCAGUGGUCCCUGUUGCAAAUCUGUCCUUCCCCACAGCCAAUCGCAAUUACCGCUCUCACUUGUGAUCCCACCAGUGGGCUCUGCCCUGGUGGACGGCAAACACCACCAGGCAGCAGUGAGAAGACAGCAGAGGGGGACUGCCAAGGAGACCUGCUGGAGUUCAAUCAAAGCCAGUGAAGAUCCUAUCGCAUGGGGGUAAAAUGCCAGCUGUGAUGAAAUGAGGAAUGUAUAUGUUGGCUGUUUCUCCCCAACAUCUCAAUAAAAUUUUGAAAGCUGGAAAGUUUACUUUGAUCUUUUGGUUGGAAAGCUGUGGUUCCUGAGCUAGAGAGACUUGCAUGUUAAAUGACUUGGAGAAUAUCAAAGUACUUUGUCCUUACUACUCCCUCCCAUUGUACCUCAACUCCAUAUUUAGGUCUUUGUUUCCCUCGCCAACAAGGAAAAGG